AUAGUGUGAUUAGAAAUAUUAAUGGUACUAAGGUAGUGGUGCAUAGCUAGCACUAAAUAAUGGAAACCAAUUUUGGGUUAGUUGCAGGCUCUCACAACAAGAAUGAAUUCAUUAUCAUACGUCAAGAUGGUGACUAUGCUAGAACAGAUUUGCAAGAGUUAGAUGGUGAUACAUGUCAACUAUGUGGAGAAGACAUAGGGGUUAAUGCAGAUGGUGACCCCUUUGUGGCUUGCAAUGAAUGUGCAUUUCCUGUUUGUAGAAAUUGUUAUGAAUAUGAAAGAAGGGAGGGAAACCAAGUUUGUCCUCAAUGCAAAACCAAAUUUAAGCGUCUUAAGGGGUGUGCUAGAGUUGAAGGAGAUGAAGAGGAAGAUGACAUUGAUGAUUUAGAGAAUGAAUUCGAUGAAGGGCGAAAUGAACAAGAUAUGCAAAUCCCCAUGUCUCCUGAGGGUGAGGAACUGUCGUCUGAAGAGCAUCAUGCUAUAGUUCCUUUAAUAAAUUCAACAAUUAUGAGAAAAGAGAUAACUUUAUUGCAAGCAAGACCAAUGGAUCCUUCCAAGGACCUAGCUGCUUAUGGCUAUGGAAGUGUUGCUUGGAAGGAUAGGAUGGAGCUAUGGAAGCAAAGACAGAACCAACUUGGUAAUAUGAGAAAAGAUGAUAAUGAAGACUUGGAUAAGAGUGUGGAUGAUGACAAUGAAUUUCCUUUAAUGGAUGAAUCAAGGCAACCAUUGUCAAGGAAGUUGCCAAUUCCAUCAAGUCAAAUCAAUCCUUACCGUAUGAUCAUAAUAAUAAGACUGAUUGUUCUUGGAUUCUUCUUCCAAUAUAGAAUUAUGCAUCCAGUAGACAAUGCUUAUGCUUUGUGGCUUGUGUCAGUAAUAUGUGAGAUUUGGUUCACUCUUUCAUGGAUUCUUGAUCAGUUCUCAAAGUGGUUUCCUGUCAUGAGGGAAACCUAUCUUGACAGACUUUCCUUAAGGUAUGAAAAGGAAGGUCAACCAUCACAACUUUCACCAAUUGAUAUAUUUGUGACUACAAAUGAUCCAUUAAAAGAAUCUCCUCUAGUGACAGCAAACACAGUUCUAUCAAUUCUAGCAAUAGAUUACCCUGCUGAAAAGGUGUCAUGUUAUGUUUCUGAUGAUGGAGCAGCAAUGUUAACAUUUGAGGCAUUAUCUGAAACUUCUGAAUUUGCAAGGAAAUGGGUUCCUUUUUGUAAGAAGUUCAACAUUGAACCUAGAGCUCCAGAAUGGUAUUUUCAUGAGAAAAUAAAUUAUUUAAAAGAUAAGGUGCAUUCAUCAUUUGUCAAAGAGAGAAGAGCAAUGAAGAGAGAAUAUGAAGAAUUUAAAGUUAGAAUAAAUUCUCUAGUUGCAAAGGCUAAGAAGGUUCCAGAAGAAGGGUGGACAAUGCAAGAUGGAAUGUUAUGGCCUGGAAAUAAUAUUCGUGAUCAUCCAGGAAUGAUACAGGUUUUUUUAGGUGAAAAUGGGGGAUGUGACAUGGAUGGAAAUGAAUUGCCACGUUUGGUGUAUGUUUCUAGAGAAAAGAGGCCUAACUUCAAUCACCAAAAAAAAGCAGGAGCUCUAAAUGCACUGGUUAGAGUGUCUUCUGUGCUUUCCAAUGCACCUUUUGUGUUGAACUUCGACUAUAAUCAUUACAUCAACAAUAGCAAGGCUAUUAGAGAAGCAAUGUGUUUCAUGAUGGAUCCAUUAGUAGGAAAAAGGAUUUGCUAUGUUCAAUUCUCCCAAAGAUUUGAUGGGAUUGACAGUAAUGACCAAUAUGCCAAUCAAACAAAUACAUUUGUUGAUAUAAACAUGAAAGGUUUGGAUGGUAUUCAAGGACCUACAUAUGUUGGAACAGGAUGUGUAUUUAGAAGACAAGCACUUUAUGGUUUUGAUGCUCCUAGGAAAAAGAAGGCACAAAACAAGACAUGUAAUUGUUGGCUAAAGUGUUGUUGUUGUGGAUUGUGUUGUAUGGGAAAGAGGAAGAAGAAAAAGAUGAAGAAGUCUAAGUUUGAGUUAAUGGAUAGUACUCAUAGAAAAGUACAUUCUGAAUCAUCUGUUGCUGGGAGUACUAAAGGAAAUGAAAAUGAAGAUGGCUUGUCUAUAAUCUCAAGUCAAAAGUUAGUCAAGAAAUUUGGAGAAUCUCCAAUUUUCAUUGCAUCUACUCAAUUGGUUGAUGGUGAGACACUAAAGCAUGGUGGGAUUGCUUCUCAACUUACAGAAGCAAUACAUGUCAUUAGUUGUGGCUAUGAAGAGAAAACAGAAUGGGGAAAAGAGGUUGGAUGGAUCUAUGGUUCAGUUACAGAAGAUAUAUUAACAGGUUUCAAAAUGCAUUGUCAUGGAUGGAGAUCUAUAUAUUGCAUUCCUGAAAGAACUGCAUUUAAAGUAUCUUCAUCAAAUAACCUUUCUAAUGGUCUACAACAAGUCUUUCAAUGGGCCCUUGGAUCCAUUGACAUAUUCAUGAGUAAACAUUGUCCUAUUUGGUAUGGAUAUAAAGGAGGAUUAAAGUGGUUAGAAAGAAUUUCUUACAUAAAUGCUAUUGUAUAUCCAUGGACAUCAAUACCUUUGGUUGCAUAUUGUACUCUUCCUGCUGUUUGCUUGCUUACUGGAAAAUUUAUCAUUCCUGAGCUUAGUAAUACAGCUGGAAUGUGGUUUAUUUCUCUUUUCAUUUGCAUUUUCACAACAAGUAUGCUAGAGAUGAGGUGGAGUGGAGUUACAAUUGAUGAAUGGUGGAGAAAUGAGCAAUUUUGGGUAAUUGGAGGUGUUUCAGCAAAUUUAUAUGCUGUAUUUGUAGGUCUAUUCAAAGUCCUAACAGGUGUAAAUAGCAACUUCAUUGUAACAUCAAAAUCAACAAGAGAUGAUGAAGACAAAGAACACAAUGAGAUAAUGUUUGGUUUGAAGUGGACAACAUUAUUAAUCAUACCAACAACAUUGCUUAUAUUAAACAUAAUUGCUAUGGUUGCUGGAUUAUCACAUGCAAUUAACAAUGGUUUUGAAUCAUGGGGACCAUUAUUUGGGAAACUAAUGUUUUCCUUUUGGGUGAUUGUUCACUUGUUUCCAUUCCUUAAAGGUAUGACUGGAAGGAAUAAUAGAACUCCUACCAUUGUUCUUGUUUGGUCAAUCUUACUUGCAUCUUUCUUCUCUGUCUUGUGGGUAAAAAUUGAUCCAUUUUUACCCAAGUCAACUGGUCCAAUUUUAGAAGAAUGUGGAUUGGAUUGUAAUUAGCUACAAAAUUUGGUUGUGAUAUUGAUAUAGUAGUGUUAUUAGAGGAAAACUAGAUAUUAUUGGUUAUAUGGGUUGUAGGGAAGAUUGUUUAACUUGUUUGUAAUGAUUGAAUUACUUGAUUCUUGGGAGUACAAUUUUUUAUUUUAACCUUCAGAACGACUUGCACUUGAA